AUGACUCCCAGCCUGGAUUCAAAUGAUUCCCAUUUUGGAAAACGCUUCAAAAGGAUUCUGUGCAGUUACGGUCUGAAGAACAUCAUCGACAGCCCUACACGCAUAACACUGGAUUCAAAGUCUCUUAUUGAUCUCAUAUAUGGUAUCCCUGUAGAUUACGUAUGCGCUCCUAUCGAGAAGAAUGUAAUUGAGAACAUAGAUCUUGUGGAGGAAGUGGAAAGCUUCACACAACAGAUCGUAGCAGGGCUUCCAGCAACGCCUAAGCGGCUGCAAGAUAUCAGUGAAGCCCAAGACCAGGAUGAAGUAUGCAGGAUGAUCAAGAAGUACUGCCUAGAAGGAUGGCCGGCUUACAUGCCAAGUUCUACCAUACUCCGUCCAUACUGGGAGAAUAAGAAACAUUUAACUGUGAUAGACAAGAUUCUACUAUAUGAUGACCGUAUUGUGAUUCCAGCAGGAAUGAGGCUGGAAAUACUUGACCUCUUACAUCAAGGACACCUUGGGAUAACAAAGACGCAAGCACGAGGCAAGAUGUCUGUGUGGUGGCCGGCGAUUACUACAGCGAUAACAGACAUGGUGACGAAAUGUUUUACGUGCGCUAAGAACAGACCAGUGCCCAAGGAGCCCCUGAUGCCAUCGUCAUUCCCAUCCAGGCCAUGGGAAAGACUAGCCGCUGAUCUCUUCGAUCUAAAGGGAAAGAAACAUCUUAUUGUAGUCGACUACUACUCAAGGUGGACUGAAGUUAAAGCACUUCCCAGUGAAUUGUCCGAGUCAGUAAUCAAAGCCCUGAAAGAAAUAUUUUCAACUCACGGAAUUCCAGACUUACUGGUGUCCGAUAACGGCCCACAGUUUGCUUGUAAAUCCUUCCAACUGUUUACAGGUAUUUACGGGUUCACUCAUAUUACUAGCUCGCCAACGUACGCAAGAGGAAAUGGUGAAGUAGAGAGAGCGGUACGUACUGUCAAGGAUAUCCUGAAAAAGAACGAUGAUCCCUAUCUCGGUUUUCUAGCAUACCGAACAGCACCUCUUCACAAUGGCCUGGCGCCAUGCGAACUUCUGAUGAACCGCCAACUCCGCACCCAGUUACCAACCUUCCCUGACAAUCUACAACCAAACCUACGACUGAAAGACCUGGCAAAACUAGAUGCAAAAGAGGAACUUUACCGCAGCAACCAGAAAAGCAACCAUGACCGCAGAUACAAGGCAAAAGACCUACCAGAACUUCAGAGCGGAGAGAAAGUUUGGAUUCGCGAUCAAGAUCGGAUGGGAAGAGUCCUAGCGGCAUCUUCAUCACCACGAUCCUACAUAGUUGAAACAGACAAGGGAACACAGCUUCGAAGGAACAGGGCAGCCCUAGUUUCAGCAGAUACCUGUACAAAGACACCCGACACCCAACCAGAAGCUAACGUUGAGACAGAAAUGCUGAGGAAAAAAUCGAAAGUGCCCACCAGCAAAGACCUGACCACAGCUGCGAUCAAGCCUACUGAGAGCAGCUACAAAGCUGAACCAGACACCCCGAAAGUGCACAUGACGCGCUCAGGGAGAGUAGUAAAACCGCCGCAGAGACUUAUUCAGGACACUUGA